AGCGCCGCCAGGCAUUGUACCCUGAAAAUAAAAGUAGGGGAGAAGAUGCAACGAGGACCACGUGUGUUUGUGGACCUUCAUGUCACUCUAUGGCGACUCCAUGGAUUUCAAAAGAUUUCCUAAAGCAAAGGAUACUCAGAGGGGAUGGAGAUGGUGAUGGAGAUGGUGAUGGAGGUGACGAUGGAGGUGGUGGAGGUGGUCACAGUGAUGGUGGAAACGGAGAUGGAGAUUGUGAUGGUGCAGGUGGUGCUGGUGGAGUUGGAGAUGGAGAUAAUGAUGAUGGAGGUGGUGAUGGUGGAGUUGGAGAUGGAGGCGGAGAUCAUGAUGGUGAAGGUGGUGAUGGCGGAGUUGAAGAUGGAGGUGGUGAUAGUGAUUGUGGAGGUGACGCUGGUGGAAAUGGAGAUGGUAGAUAUGGAGGUGGUAGAAAUGGAAGUGACAAUGGAGGUGGUGGAGGUGGAGGUGGUCAUGGUGAUGGCGGAAACGGAGAUGGAGGUGGAGAUUGUGAUGGUGCAAGUGGCGCUGGUGGAGUUGGGGAUGGAGAUGGUGAUGGUGGAGGUGCUAAUGGUGGAGGUGGUUAUAGUGAUGGUGGAAACAGAGAAGGAGGCAGAGAUCGUGAUGGUGAAGGUGGAGUUGGAGAUGGAGGUAGGGAUGGUGAUGGUGGAGGUGAUGCUGGUGGAGUUAGAGAUGGAGAUGGUGGAGGUGGUAAUGGUGGAAAUGGAGAUGGUGGAGUUGGAGAUGGUGAUGGUGGAGGUGGUAAUGGUGGAAAUGGAGAUGGAGGUGGAGAUCGUGAUGGUGGAGGUGAUGCUGUUGGAGAUGGUGGAGGUGGUGAUGGUGGAGGUGGUAAUGGUGGAAAUGGAGAUGGUGGAGUUGGACAUGGUGAUGGUGGAGGUGGUAAUGGUGGAAAUGGAGAUGGCAGAAAUGGAGAUGGAGGUGGAGAUUGUGAUGGUGGAGUUGGAGGUGGUGGAGGUGGUGAUGGAAAUGGAGAUGGAGGUGAUGAUGGAGGUGGUGAUGGUGGUGAUGGUUGAAAUGGAGAUGGAGGUGGAGAUGGAGGUGGAGAUGGCGAUGGUGUAGUUGGACAUGGAGAUGGAGGUGGAUGUAGUGAUGGUGAUGAUAGUGGACAUGGAGGUGGUGGAGAUGGAGGUGGAGAUGACGAUGGAGGUGGCGAUGACAGAGAUGGUGAUGAAGGUGAGAAUUGUGAUGGUGAUGGAGGAGAUGGGGAUAGAUGGAGAAGGAGAAGGAGGAGAAUGCCUACCUGGCAAG